UCUAAAGAAGGAAGGAUCCGUUUUGAUCAGAUCAGUAUUGAAUUUUCUCGAAGAGAAAGGAAGAUGAGCGAGGUAUUUGAAGGGUACGAGCGACAGUACUGCGAGCUCUCAACCAAUCUCUCCAGAAAAUGUCAUUCUGCUUCGCUUCUCUCCCACGGAGAAGAGAAGAAGGAGAAGCUUGUUGAGAUUAAGUCUGGAAUGGACGAAGCUGAUGUCUUGAUCCGGAAAAUGGAUCUUGAGGCAAGAAGUUUGCAGCCGAGUGCUAAAGCUGUGUGCCUUUCUAAACUAAGAGAGUAUAAAUCUGAUUUAAACCAAUUGAAGAAAGAAUUCAAACGAGUGUCUUCCCCAGAUGCUAACCAAUCUACACGUGAAGAACUGAUGGAAUCUGGAAUGGCGGAUGUGCAUGCGGUAUCAGCUGAUCAGAGUGGGAGGUUGGCAAUGUCAAUGGAGAGGCUUGACCAAUCAAGCGACAGAAUCAGGGAGAGUAGAAGACUUAUGCUGGAGACAGAAGAGGUUGGCAUCUCAGUUGUUGAAAAUCUCAGUCAGCAACGGCAAACCCUCCUUCACGCUCACUCUAAGCUUCAGGGUGUGGAUGAUGCCAUUGACAAGAGCAAGAAAGUGUUGACUGCUAUGUCUAGAAGAAUGACGAGGAACAAAUGGAUCGUUGGUUCGGUCAUCGUGGCUCUCAUCCUCGCCAUCAUCUUGAUCAUCUCAUACAAGCUUUCUCAUUGAUAUACUCAAAUAUUCAUCAUGAUUAUUGUGUAUCUAGGAUGGUUGAUUCACUAUGUAUUGGAGUGGAAAUACUUCCAAACAUUUAUUAUAUAUACGUCAAAGGUAA